GCCUUCAGGCGGAGCCUCAGUGGCCAGAGCGGCCCCAUGGGCUGCGCCCCCAUUGGGUGCGUUGCAGCCGGCGCCCGGCCCCGCCCCGCCCCUUCCCACCGCCCCCUUGGCCGCUGGGGCCACCGUUCAAACCGAUGCAGUCUCUCGGCCGGACGCGGCUGGUGUAGCUCCCGUAGGCCGCGCCGAGAGCCGCUCUCCAGGAACCGCGCCAUUCUCUGCCGCCGAGAGCGGCUGCGGAGCUGCGGGCGCUGCCCGGGGCCGGCGCGCCGACAGCCACCGCGCCGUUACUCAGCAGAACCGGCACCCCUCCCCCGCCGGCCCGGCACUCCACUGGGAAGGUACGGGGUCGUGCGCGCCGCCGCCGAGCGUGCGCCAGCCGCAGACUAGAAGAUGAAUAAUCUUUCCUUUAGUGAACUGUGUUGCCUGUUCUGUUGUCCACCAUGCCCAGGGAAAAUUGCCUCCAAACUGGCAUUCUUACCGCCUGAUCCCACCUACACACUGAUGUGUGAUGAGAGUGGUAGUCACUGGACUUUACAUCUCUCAGAGCGAGCAGACUGGCAGUAUUCUUCUAGAGAAAAAGAUGCCAUUGAGUGCUUUAUGACUAGAACAAGUAAAGGUAACAGGAUUGCCUGUAUGUUUGUGCGCUGCUCACCUAACGCCAAGUAUACCUUGCUCUUCUCGCAUGGAAAUGCUGUUGACCUAGGUCAGAUGAGCAGCUUUUACAUAGGACUGGGUUCACGGAUUAAUUGCAACAUAUUCUCAUAUGAUUAUUCUGGAUAUGGUGCAAGUUCUGGGAAGCCAACAGAAAAGAACCUGUAUGCCGACAUUGAUGCUGCUUGGGUCGCUCUUAGGACGAGGUACGCAAUCCGCCCUGAAAAUGUGAUUAUAUAUGGCCAGAGCAUAGGAACAGUACCAUCUGUGGAUCUUGCUGCUAGGUAUGAAAGUGCUGCUGUAAUUCUUCAUUCUCCAUUGACCUCAGGAAUGAGAGUAGCUUUUCCUGAUACGAAGAAGACCUAUUGCUUUGAUGCAUUCCCAAACAUUGACAAAAUUUCUAAAAUAACAUCUCCUGUGUUAAUAAUCCAUGGGACCGAAGAUGAAGUAAUUGACUUUUCACAUGGCCUAACAUUAUUUGAGCGUUGCCAGAGACCUGUAGAGCCACUGUGGGUAGAAGGAGCAGGCCAUAACGAUGUGGAACUCUAUGGACAAUACCUUGAAAGAUUGAAAAAGUUUGUGUCACAGGAACUGGUGAACUUGUAAAUUUGUUUGUAUAUUUACAUGCUUCUUCAUUUCACUGCGAAACUGCAUGCCUUGAUAAAUACGUAACAAAAAAACAGAAGGUUGUAUUUUCAGAUCAUCUUGGUUGCCUUCAUUAAAUGUACAGGUAAUGAUUUGUCAACGUAAUUAAUGAAGGUUUUAAUACCAGUAUUAUAAACUGGAAUUGCUUAAUCAUGCAGUCAAGCUUGGCAGUUCAUGUUAUGUUGUGUGAGAUUUCUUUUUUUUCUUCUUAGAAAAAAAAAUUUAAAAUCACAAGUACUGUAUGAAAUUUUAAGUAUAUAAAAUCAAAUGCUGUAAGAGUGUUGCCAAAUGCUUUAGCAUAUCAAAAACAAGUUUAUAAGUAUUUUUUAAACAUCUCAAAAUGUACUGUGACUUAUUCUGUUGCACAGCUGUAAAUUAAAAGACAGAGUUCUAGGCAGUUCUGUAAAAUUACAAAAGCCAUGAAAUUUGAGAAAAUACUAAUGUAUGUAAUAAAAAUAGACAGUCACUGGAAAUGACCCAUGCCCUGUUAUAGGGGGAAAGGGUCAAAAGAGAUCUCUUUCCAUGUUUCUCAUAUCUUUUGAGAUAAGUUUUACUUUAGUUGCUUGGUUCUUGUCUUGUCCCUUACCUUUCAGGUCAAACAAAUUUACCCACUUCAUAUUCUCAGCAGCCCUAAGCUUGCCAAAAUAAUGCCACAAGUUAUCUUUGUUGUAAUGUAAAUGUAAUUCACAUGACUGCUACUGAAGCCACUAAGUACUUUAUUGAAAACAGUAAGAUUCUGUGAGCCGAAAAGGCUUUGUGGACAACAGAGUUUAAAUAUUGAUUGUGUAGAGUUGCAAUAUUUCAUUGGAAAGAAUGGGGAACUUUAUCCAAUUUUGUAAUAGACCACUUACAAGUUUGCAGUUGUCUGAUCAGUCUUACUUUUUGAUGUUUAGUGUAAAAGCUUAUAGUUUUUUGAGUAUUACAUGAAAAUUUUACUAAUCACUCAUGAAUGGGGUGGGAGGAGGGGAUAGAAGAGGACGUUGACGUUUUUCUAUUAACUCAUAGUAAAAUAAACUUUGUAAGUUGCCUUUCCCUUGAAUGCAUUUUGUUUUAAUAAAACUAUGAAAAAUAAACCUGAUUAUAUGUAGCCUAUUUGUAAACAAAGUGAUAUUCCAACAAUACACACUGUGCUUCUAAUUUGAAGGCCUUACAUAGUUUAAUUGUUCUGCUUUGUUUCUGUGAUUGAGACUAUUGUAUACUUAAAUGUUGCUUCAAGUAUUGUGAAAACAUUGGUUAAGAUGUGGUGAUUAACAGUAAAUGGUAUUCCACACA